UCCUUCCAGGUUUAUCAGUUAUCCUCGUACUGAGACCAACAUGUUUCCACAGAACUUGAACCUAACCAUGCUGGUUGAGCAACAGACACAAGACAACGAAUGGGGAAAUUUUGCUCAGCGCAUUUUGGAAAGCGGUGGGCCCACACCUCGAAAUGGAAACAAAUCAGAUCAGGCCCAUCCCCCUAUUCACCCCACCAAAUACACCAACAGUUUACAGGGAAAUGAAAAGCGGCUGUAUGAGUUCAUUGUACGUCACUUCCUGGCCUGUUGCUCCAAAGAUGCUCAGGGUCAAGAGGUGACGGUCGAGAUUGAAAUAGCUGAAGAGAGAUUCUCUGCUAGUGGAUUGACGAUCAUUGCUCGCAAUUAUCUGGAAGUGUACCCUUUUGACAAGUGGUACAAUAAGGUGAAUACUGCUCAAAACAUAGCAUAACAUUGUAUAGCUAAACAUAUUGAGUUCAGUGUUCAGUU